AUGACACAGGAUGACGUGCUGGUCUAUCGCUUCCUCCCCCGAGGCGGUCCCUCGACUCUCUCGCCCGCUGAACUCGCUCAACGAACGGCGGCACUCUCGAAGCUGGUGAAUCCGCAGGUCCGCACGAGUCGGAGUGCGAGUGGUUGGCAACGGCACGAGCCCGUGGGGCAGCUACCUUCGACCAGGACCUACGAAGCGACUCUGCCGUCCAAGCUGUCCCCUCGUGCUGUCUCGACGAACGACGUGCCGGCGCGCAGGGAACGUCAACUCGUCGACCGCACCGUCGAACCCUUCUCGCACGGGCAACCUCCUCCCCGCCGCCAGUCUCCCUCGCCAGCGCUGGCCGCCCAACCUUCCGAUCAGCCUACACAGGGCAUCCUGCGACGACGCGAGACAACCGGUGUCGUUGGUGGAUGGGCGCCUUCGCUGUCGAGCGCUGGGCGGGAGAAGAAGAAAGUACGGGUUGAAUCGCCUCGAACGAGCGGGGCGCGGGUCGCAGAGGAGGAGAAGAGGCGUGUUGAUAAGGGAAAGGGGAAGGCGAGCGAUGUGGGUGCGAAGGAGCUUGUGCCGGCAACACCGGUCAAGCGCGAGGAGGAGAAGACGGCGAGGGGAGACAACCUCGACCUUGCGGACGGUGCGAUCAAGCGGUGCAUUCCAUACCCUUACUGCCACAAUCCGUCCACCUCGGUCGCCGUCAACAUGAAUCACGCUCGGCAACACCCGUCUCGCAUCCUCCACUCUUUCGUCGAUCCGUCCCUUGAUCCGCUCGCCUCGAAUCUCACCGCCGCAACCGGUGCAGCGACGAACGGCGCGACUCAGUCGCAGUACACGCUGGCUUCGCAACUCCCGCUCGACUCGCCCCUCACCAUGUCGUACCUUCAGCCCGGGCGACGAGGAGCGUGGCUCAUACCCGUCUCCGCGCCCUUGCCCAUCCUACACACCUCGCCCGUCCGAUGGUUCGCUCAGCCUCCUCCUCCUCCAUCCUCUCCUGCGCCAAUUCCGGCCGAACGCUCGAUCGACUGGACCGACGCACGACUCCGCACACUGUGGUCGUUUCUGACUUCGCUUCACGAGUCAGGCUCGUUCGGCCGACUUUGA